CAACACAUAACUCAACCCGUUCGUCUCCGUUGAAUCGUUUUGUAUCGUCCCGCCAUCGAAAAUCAGAUCAAAUUAAUGAUAAGUGUACGAUAAAAAGAAAUUUUGCAAAACUCAGUUUUUCGGUGCCCUUUGGCAGAUUACUGAAAAUCAGCGAGUUAACACACGAACCUUGCGAAUUUGGUGCGUAUUUGGUGAGGUCCCAGUGUGAGACAAGAGGCAAGAGAAAAAAAGCCACAGGGAAGAAUACAAACAAAACAAACGCGAAACAAAAUUCUAAUCAUGAACAACAAAGGAGCCAAUGGAUACCCUUAUGACGCAGCUCAACAAGCCGUUUAUCAGCAGUACAUGAACAGUCAGAUGCCUGUCCACGCACAGCUUCCGCCUUCGUACAACUCGGUGGUCACCAGUAUGACGCCGACGUACCCACCAUAUCCCCCUGGAAUGAUGCCGCAACCGUUCUACAGCAACAGCUGGAGCAUGAAUCCGUCCCCUCAGCCACAGUUCGCUCCACCUCCGCCACCGUACGCACCGACGCAGGCAACCGUGGCCGCAAUUCCGGCCCAAACGGUCCAUCCGUCGAUGUAUCAGUAUCAGCUGGCCGCUGCCCCGCCACAGGCGCAACCACCCCAAGUCUACCAAACUCAAAUGUAUCCAGUUCAAGGUGCCAUGUACGAUGCCGGGGCCCGUUUCGGUAAGUCCGGUGGAGCACCAACGAUUCCGCCACCGCCGCCAGGAAUCGCCCCGAACGCGGCCCAAAUGGCCACCAUGCAGGGCCAGCCGGUGGUGAUGACGAAGAAGAAGAACAACUUUGUUCACGGUGGUAACGGGAGCGGUUACACGUUCUGGUGAAGUGUGUAAGAGGGCGCCGUGUUCCCUGUUGAGAAGAGCCUUUUGCCGGACCCGGUGGCGUGCCAUGGUGUAAGUGCGAACACCCAAACAGAACAAUAGACAAAACGAGAAACUGCGACUGGUGGUAGGUAUUCACAAGGGGAUUGCAAAGCGCGUCAAGUUAUCGACCAGAACACGAAGAAACGAAUUUGAGCAGAAAGUUGUUACCACAGGUUAAUAAGGCAUAUUUUUCAGGGGGCGAACCACGAAAGCAACGCUGGAUCUUGUAAAACUCUUAAUGGCAAACAAUUAUCGUUCCAAAAUCUCUUAGAAGGGCGGAAAAAUCUUCCUUUGUUUUUGUUCCAAAAUAUUUUCUGCAUUUUUUCCCCAUUUAAACAUAUUGCGAUAUGUUUCCUUAUCCGAAUGAUGUUUGCUACGACUAGGAAGUACUAUAUUUUUGUUGUACAUUAAUUUUUUCCGAAGGUAACCCCUUCAUUUAGUUAUUUUGCUUUAUGUUCCUUUACAUUUGGGUUUAGAAUAUCCGCGGCAAAAGCUACAGAAACAAACCUUCAAACAACGGUGUGUUCAAUUCAAUACAAUUACUGUAGAAGAUGGAAACGAUGGAAUAACAUUCUCUACGUGCGAAAUGUAAAGCACUAUCGCUGCUAGACUGCUCAAUACAACAAAAUGGCCGCGUGCGAAAGGAAGUUAUUAGUAAAUGGUUGAAGUAAAAGAAUGAACUAAACAUAAAACUAUAGAGUGAUUAGAGUGCCCUCUCCCUUACCACGGUUAAUAAAAUCAAAUAUCUACCAAACUGGUGUCGACCGACGACGGACACGGGACAAUGAUCGUUGCGCAAGCGAGGUGAACCAUUGUCAGGGGCAGAAGAACCAUAUUCUAUAUUCACAAAACGGCCCAAAACAUCACAAGGUUCGAUUCGAGACAGAAAACGGGACGGAAAAAACAGUUAGCGAGCGCGAAUAGUUCAACAAAUCUGCAAACAAAUCUACUCGUAAAAACAAAUACAAAAGUAUCAAAAAACCUUAGAUCAAACAGCAACACUAUGAGCAAUCUUGAAAAGCAAACAAUACAAUUGAGGUGCAAUGUAGAGGCCAUUAUUCGUUAAACAAUUAGAAGGGUAUCUUUUGUGGACACGAACGAGAUCGUUACCUUCGUGGAACGACUCUUGCGAAAACGACGUGAGAAUUGAAAAGCCAUCCCGGGCACGUCGGACCAAUCAUACUUCAUCGGACCACUUAAACACCUUUGCUGGUUACUAAAUCAACACACAUCCAGACACACAGACGCACAAUGAGGAGUUUAGAAAUGGGAUCGUGACCCGGGAUCGAGAAUGCUGGGCUGGAAAUGAUUGCAUGAAAAGCGACAACUCGUGGUGGGUAGGAAAAGUUGGUUCGAUGACGGCGCAAACGGAAAUGUAAAAAACAAAACCACGAAUAAGAAAAUUAACGUAAAAAACUCCCGAAAGUGAUUUAGUUUGGCUGAGAAACUUUAUUCCAAAAAAUAUAUAUACUUAUAUAUAAUGAUAUAUACUGAACCGACAAUUGGAAAAGGGUGCGAAACACGGAAUCGGAAAUAUAGUCAUAUAUUGUUUAUUGCAAUACGCUCGGAUUGUGAUGUGAAGACGAGCUCGGAGAGUGAAGCCACGUGAAAAGUUCUAGCAUAUAACCAAAAGCACAAAGAAAGGAUAAAAUGGUCAAAAGAACUAUUUGAGGCGGCAUGUAUUGAUGGACUUUGCCGCGACACAUAGGCAAAACGAAACCAAACCGGGGUUGAUGUAACGAAGAAAGGGCAUUGUAAUUUUGGUUUUGAUCUUGCUACGGACAUAAGGCACCGUUAAAAUCAUGGACAGAAAGACAGAGAAAGGCUCAAACAGGAGGCAAACAGACGAGGCGUGCAAAGUAUUUUUUCAGGCUGUUUGCGAUUUAUUAUUUUUUGUAUUAAAUCGUUUCGAAAUUUAUCCAACUAUAACACUCUACAUACACAUAUUGUAUCUCACAUUAAACAAAACAAGCAAAUACUACACGACGACUGUGUCACACUCUGUAGUUCUGUUCCUUCGGAAGCGAAACUGUUGUUUCGCGUGUAGGUUUUUUUGCGUAUUGCGAGGAAAAAUACAAAAAAACUGAAAAAGUAUUUCAAAACCGAAAGAAGUAUGAAUAAAGAAAAGCCGCAAGGAAAA